AUGACUUUCACGGUCGUACUACAUGUGUAUCGGCGAUCAGACCUGUCUCCCGCGGAAUUCAAGAAGCACUAUGAAGAAACACACAUACCGCUCAUGAAGUCGAUCGGAGGAGAGGCUUUUCCUCUCAGCCACACACGCCAAUACAUCUCUCACACAAACCUGGUCAGCGAGGCUCAGUCCGAUGUUGGCUACGACGCUAUUUCUCGGAUGGUUUUCGAAGAUCAGUCUACAUUCGAGACGUUUAGAGGGCUGCUUCAGAGCCCAGAAAACGUAUCCAGAGUGACUGAGGAUUGCAGUCAGUUCUUGGACUUGUCAAAAGCCCCACAGAUUGUUGUGAUUGAGGAUGUUUGUGAUACCAGGAGGAUCUGA